ACGGUAAACAUGUAUGGACAACGUGUUAUGUGUUAUCGGUGUUACACUUGAAUUGUUUUUCGUUAACAGAUGUUAUGGAGUAAUUUAUCAUGUUCUGAUAACCGUCAAUGGUAGGGGAGUCAUCUCGAUUUUGAAGUGAAAAACAGUGGGAAGUUAUUCUGUAGAUAUAUAUUCAAGGAUAUUGAACAGUGUACACUUGACAAGAAGAACAGGUCGUGGACGUAUAAUGAUUCCAUUACAAUAGUAAAGAAAGCAAAGAACUAAAUAUUUUAUCUAUUCAUUUGGUGACAUGGCCACAAAUUCGGAUAACAAAAUUCACAAUGAAGAUGAAAUAACAACCAAUUCAUCGGAAACCAACAGCGAGACAGAUUCUGAGAACGUGCACAAUGAAGAUGGCGUCGACAAGGUGGACAACUCCGGUGAAAAUGGAGUGGAAAGUACGUGCGCAGAUGACAUAGAAAUUAACGGCGAAUCUAAAUCCAAAAAGAAAGUGAAAAAUAAAUCCAAAAGUAAAAAGAAGCGGAAAAUAAAGAAAAAAGAAUCCGUGGACGUUUCAGAUACUAAUGAAAAUUCUUUUCAAACUAUUAGCGAGGAAGGUUCUGUGAUAGGGCGGAGUAAAAAAUUAAGAAAACGCCCAAAAGUUCCUAGACGUCAUAUAAAUAUAGACGGCGCCAUAGAGAAAAAAAUAGAACAAAAAUAUAUAGAACUUGAAGGUUUAUUAAAUAGACAAUUCGUAGAGAAGAAAACAAAUUUAACUCACCAGCAUAUAGGACAAAUGGAGGUCUUACGUCAACAGUACAACCUUUCCUGUCAUGGUCUGCCACCUACAGGACCAUACGCAUAUACCACGGGAUCAAAACAAAGACCACAUUCAGCUCACGUCAGAGUACCAAGUGACUCUGAUGAAGCAUAUAGCACCAUCAGAACCCUUCAACAUUUCACCAAAUAUCGUCCACCACGAAGUCAUAUCAGAUCUAAAAGUGCCAAAUCUCGCCGGGAGACAUGUAGUGACUCGGAGAGUUAUCGCCCCAAGAGGAUCGAUAUCAACCUAGACACGACGUCAUUAAAUAGCUCCAGAAGUUCAACAAGGCCAUCCCGCAAGAAGUCAUCCGACCGAGGAAGUCAACGUUCAAAGUCAAGAAGUUCAGGUUCACCAUCCCCUAAUACUUCACCAGGCCGUUUGUAUGUACCCACAGACCAUAAGCUCAAAGAAACAGAGAAUCCAAAGAUAAAGCAAUGGCUCCACAAAAAGAACCUGCAACUUCGUAAGCAAAAGGCGACAGAGAGAGCUGAAAAACGGGAAAAGAGACAGGACUCGAUGAUGCGAGAAAGUGUUAAACAGGUGGCCCACGAGGCUGGGAAAUCAAAAGUCCAGGAAUGGAUGAGGAGAAAGAGAAGGGAAGCGUAUGAACAGGCGAAGGCAGAACGUGAACAGCAGAAAAGGCUAGAACAACAGAAACAAGAAGAAAAGGAAAAAAGGACCAUGGAGUUUGUUGAAGGAAAAAGUUGGAUGCGACCUGUAUCGGGCUCUAGAAAGCAAAAUGCAGGCGAGAGUUCCAUCGGUGAGCCGUCAACUUCAACGAACACCGAAAACGUUUCCAGUGGUCCUAUUCCUCAUCCCCCUAACAGCAAAAUGAUGUACAAGAGAUCACCAGCAGGACGAAUCCGAUUGAAAGUUAAGCCCAAAGAAGAAACAGUAAGUCCAGAGGGAACAGAUAAAUCCACCGAGGAGUCACAGAUGAGUUACAGCGAAUGGUUGAAGAAGAAGAGGGUAGAAGACACAGAGAAGAAAAAGACGGAACUGGAGGCCAAAGCUAAAGCCGAGCCAGAUCCUGACCUUAAGGUCCUGUUACCAGAAAUGUCUCAAAAGCGAAUAAAUCGGGUCACAAAUUCCAAAAGAAGUGUUGAUUCUGGACUAAAGAGUGACGAUGGAGGCUGUAGUGAUUCCCAAAUAUCACCAGACCCAGACGAUUCAGCUUCUCCUGUAUUAAAGGUUAAUGGAGCAAAAGCAACGCUAACUUCCAGAAGCGGGUAUAUUCGUCCACAGUCUGCUCUUGCUAAACCACCAGUACCACAGCCAUGUAAAUCCCCCAAGAGACCUCGAUCGGCUCACCCCCGGGUUGACGCUAUAAUGAACGAAGAUGAUGAUGAGGCCAAUACAGAAAAUCCGUUUAAACUACCAUUCCCAGCUCAUUUAGGCCUCCCAUCAGAAGUGGCCAAAGCUCAAAGUAAAAUAUUCCCAGACAGGGUAGCAGAAGAGAGAAGAUCCUUAGAAUCAAUGCGCUUAGAACCACAAGGUUGUGAUUCUUCUUUGGCGGAAACUAAACCGAUAGUUGGAAAGGAUGAAGGUGAAAUAAACGAAGAGAGUCCCGUUGAAGAUGAUGACGAACAUGUUACAGAAUCCGAGAAAGAAGAAACAGUAGAGGAACCAGUUGUCGGUGCAGCAUUUUUUACAAAUAGUCUCGAAGAUGAUACACCAGCCGAAACCAAAGUUCCGCCAGAAUCAAAAGCAGAAGACGAUGUGGCUAGCGGGAAUGAUAAUCAGUAUUUUUUAGAGAAAAGUCUUGACAAACGCGAACCCGAUAAACAGUCAGUGCCAGACAGAAAAGGCGAAUCAUCCACUGUAGAGGCUAGCGUUGAAGUAGACCAAGUCAACGUAACCGAACUUCCUUCAGAACAGAUCCCGGUGAUACAAGACCCUGCCGAAGCACAUGAUAAAGAAGAGGAAGAUAAGGAAUGCUACUACGAAGAGGAAGAUGAGGAAGCUGAGGAGGUUGAGGAAGAAGUCGGUGGUGGCGAAGGGGAUGUACAAAACGAAAUUGCUGAGGACGUUCCUAAGAAACCGGAAAUUACAGGCGAAACUGUUAAAUAUCAAGAAGAAACUUCCCUCGAAUCAAAUAUUCCCGAUACCGACGGCACACAGAAAGAUGACAAUAAUCAGUCUUUUUUAGAGCAAGGCCAUCCGAAACGGGAACCCGAUAAAGACGAAGAAUGCCGGAAACCUUUGUUGGAGCAAGUUGUUGACGCCUUGCCCGAAUUGGAGGAGGAAGGACCAGACUUGCCAGUUCUUCUAGAAGAGCAGUCUGAGACAACCGACGAGCCAAAUGAUGAAAAGCCAGCUGCAGACGAAGUGGAACAGACGACUAUUGUCGCGCCAGAACAGCAGGAAAUAACCGAAACAGAAGAGCACCUAGAAGAUCAAGUAUCCGAGGGCAUCACGGUGAUACAUGCUGAACAACUAUCUGAUACUGUCACAGAAGACAGUCAAAAGUUAACAUUUAAUACAGGAGAAUUAAAGCAAUAUGUUUUGGAAAAUUAUCACCCAGACGAAAAGCAACCCGAUAAUAAUGGGAAACAAUAUGAAGUAUUGGAACCAAUCGAGAAGAAAGAUACCACAGAGAUCAUGUUGGGGCUACACGAGCAGGAGGAAAUUAUGGAAUGUUCCGAAUCAAGUAUAGAAGAACAGGUUAUCCAAGAAGCAGAUCAUUUGACACCAGAAAAUCAAGAAAUUCCUCUUGACUUACACAAUCAAUUCGAUAGCCACACGGAGUCAAAGAAAGUAUCUGGCUUUUACCAUGGCCAUGUCGGUGGACGUGGUAUAGAACAGGAUGAUGUCAGUCUUCCAGAGGACCAGAUCGUUGAACCAGAUAGCACUAUAGCCCAUGCUGACACCACAGCAGAAGAUACCACCAAAGUAGCAGCUAUAGUCUCCGAACCAUCUGAGCUGUCCGAAACUCAUUUUUCUACUGACCAGAAGGAAAUCCAAGAAACAGAAUCCACUAUUGUCGAAUCACCGGAAUCAAUUGACAAUAUAGCCGAAAACGCCCCUCAACUUACACAAACAAGCACGAAAUUAGAAUCUUCUGAAUUGUUCGAUACGCCUGAAGUACCACCUGCAACAGACGUGGAUUUAGAUUCCCAAACUGUUGACGACAGUGAGGUAAAAACGGGAGAAAUAGCCACUGAGUCAGAAUUCGUGGAAAAAGCCGUACUAGAUACGACAGAAAUAACAGAAAUGGCUGCGACGUUCGAACCUGAAAAGUCUACUGGUUCAGAAUUUGAGGACAACGUCACACAAAAUGCAUCGGACACCCAGGAACUGUCGGUUCCUGAAGAACAGGAAAUCCCCGAAGCCAUUUCAGAUACUUGCGAAGACGAGAUCGGUUCUGGUGAACAAUCCCCGGUACCACAAGUUAUGGAGGUUGACAAACCCCAGCUUAAAAUCACCGAGACAGCACCAGAUUAUUACAGUGAACAGCCGAAUGAUUAUGGUGUAUACGAACAGUUUGCGGAGGACGAGGUCACCCUUUCGACGGCGAUAGCUGAAGACCCCGAUAGUUCAACUGCGAACAGUCUAGCGAGCCUUGACAUGGACGAUACAACAGUGUUAAAACAAUCUUAUGCUGUGGUUAAAACAACAGCCGAAACGAAAAUAAUACCCGAAGAUGACAAUGACUAUAAUGAUGAGUUGGACGAAACCGAAGAGCGUGCAGAUGCUUUGCAAAAUAUUAAUGAUGUAAUUCAUCCAGACAGCAGAAUUCAUCCUGGAUCAGAACUACCUGCAUCUACUAUAGAAAAGAUUCCGGGAGAAGAUCAUGCAGAAGAAUUAUCGACAACAAGCCCGAUCAAUGAUGCCAUACAUGAAGAUUUAGAAGCUCAAAAUUCUAAUGAUGUCGCCGAAGUAGAUCCUCUAUCUGCACUUCAAGCCAAGUCUCAAACGUUGGAUUAUAUAGAACCUACGCACAUUUCAAAUGAUGAUGAUUUAUUGGAAGCGAACAGAUCAGAUCAUGAAUCUGCGACAACAAACCAGACCGAUGAUGCGAUACAGAAAGAAUUAGAACCUGUAAAUUAUAAAGAAGACCAAACUGAUAUAAAUGUGGAUUCUGUAUCUGAAGAAAAGGGAGAAGGUGACCAACGCGGGGAGCUGGAAGACGAUACCGGGGAUAAAGAAGAGAUUUGUGAUGAAAUCAUUUCGGAUGUUUUGGGUACUGUAGAACACGUGGAAGACACAACGGAAAGACCAGAAUCUCCAACCAAAACAGUUGUGGAUACCUCAAUAACAACAAUUGACAACAACUCCGGGUGUGUUGAGGAAUCUAAUACGCUAGUUGAAAUUGAACACCAACGAGCUUGUCACGAUGAAAAUAAACAAGAAUUGACGGCGGAUUCGUCAGGGGAAGCAGUACCUAAACAUUUGACGGAUGACCAAACCCCAGUCGAAACUCCUUUGGACGAGUCGUCAGAAGCAUACGGGUCUAAAGAUUUGGUAGAAACUCAAACUGUUUUACAAGACGGAGAAACCUCUCCGGUGCAACCUCAAGAUUGCGUUGAUGACGACGAAACGCCGAUACCAGGUGAAGUGCUUGCACCUAGUGAUUUCAAUGACCUUCACGAUGAUAAGAUGUCGGCACAAGUGGCGGUGGAUGAAGAAUCAGACGAUGAUGUCCAUCAACUAAGAAUGAGAUUACAUCGAUUGCGAUCAACCGAUGACUUUGUCUCUGAAAUCGUGGGUAUGCACAGAAACCUGAAUGAACUCGAUACCAGUUUUGAAGUCACGAACACCUCUGGUGCAGACGACAACGUAGUUGCGACAGAUGUUUCGGAUAUGGAUGGGCGUAUCGAAAAUGGCGAUAGAGAUUUCGAAUCCGGUGAUUUAAACAACAAUGGAAAAUCUAAUAAACUUUUAGAGACACUGAAUGAUCUAAGCUCUGCUGUUGAAUCUAAAACGAAGCCUGUUGAAGUGACAGUGCAGGAUAACAACAACGAGAUGUUAGAAAACUUGAAAAAUGAGUUUAAUCUGGAACUCGGAGACACGAACGACCAAACAACCGAACAGAAGUCUAAGCUGAAAUCAAUCUUGUCCGAUAAUGAAAUUAUAACCCGGGAUGAAAACGGGAACGUGGGCGGUCCAGAACAACCAGAGUCACCCAGGAAACGCGUUUCAUUCUCUUCAAGACCGAUAGUAAUCCAGGGUGAUGGCCGUCAGGAACCAAUUGUUACUAGUGACGACGGAGCCAGUAGUGCUGAUGAUGAUGUCAUGGCUUUGAUGAGUUAACUCUUCUUUAUACAAGGCCGCCCUUCUUAUUUGGAGUUAGCUCCCUUUGUUCCCGCAUCGUUGCCUGCCUUCUUUAGUCAGCCUUUUAGAACUUUUACUGCCUUUUAUUACAUCUCCCUCGAAAGGAUGUCGUGUUCAUCAUUUUUCUUGAUUUAAAAAAACGUUUUCGUUUUAUACGGACGACGUAUAUCAAUAUGCUAUAUCCAUUUACUAUCAUUCAUCUUUUACCGGAAGUGCUUAUUGUAAUAUAUUUAUAUGGUUAGGUCUAAAUGUUAAGGCCAACUGCAGAUUUCGCUAGGGUCGCGAGAUGUAAAUCGAAUUAACAGUAGGCCAGGAAAAUCUCCAUCAUAUCACAGUGCAUGAGAUACCCAUGUCUUCUUUAACCCGGUUGGUGCAGAAAAAUAAAAUGGGCUUUAACGGCUAAAUCUAUUUGUUAAGGCCAGUUCAAUUUUUUUCCAGGUCGCUGAGAUAUAAAUAAGGUUAGUGCACGUGAUUGUUGGUGAGAUUGUAGGUUAGGGUUAGGAUAAGCAUUGGGGUUAGAUCCAGGUUUAAGGUCAGGGUUGGGAUUAGCGCUAGUCCUGUUUACAUCUCGUGACCUAUGACGAAAAAUUGAGCUGGCCUUAUCAUUUAGUACUAACCGGGGUUUAACCCAAGAUAAAUGAUCCUAGGGUGUAAAAGUAUGAUUGAGACAAUGCUUCAUUCUGGUCAUUAUAUCAACUGUACAUCCCCGGCGAAUAAACCCACAUAAACUGUUGUAGUGUUUAUUGUUUGUUUAUAUUUAUUUGUGAUAUACCUGUCGUUGUAUAUUAAUUUUUAUACUUUGAAAAUACCACUUGUACAACCUGUGAAUAAUAUAUUAUUUAUCUUCCCAUGAACUUGUAAUACGUAAUUAUAUAUAUUUAGUAUAUAUUUGUGUAGAUAAUGUGAACUUUGUAAAAUAAUAUUUAUUUAUCUUGACAUAUAAUGUUGCGUUAUUUGAUUUCUUUAUCCGAGUCAAAUCUUUACACAGUGCACUACUACAGUACAAUAUAUUCUGGUUGAUCAAUUAUUAUUCGGUAUUUAUAAAGCCUGGUCCACUUAUGACGACCAGGUGAACACGAGAACCAUGUAAAGCACCAUAAAUUAACUUUGCGCGCCUGUUCCUGGCUAAAUCUAUUUGUUAAGGCUAGCUCAAAUUUUGUUACGGUCACUGAGAUGUAAAGAAGGUUAGGGCACGUAAUUGUUGGCGAGAUUGUAGGUUAAGGUUAGAGUAAGCAUUGGGGCUAUGUCAAGGGUUAGGGUUGUGAUUAGCGCUAGCCCUGUUUAUAUCUCGUCACCUAUGACGAUACAUUGAGCUGGCCUUAUCAUUUAGCACUGAUCGACUAUUCCUCGGGCAAUUGCGCAUCGAUUGACCGAUAAAACGGUCACAAUGCCAAGAUGACGGCGAUGUCGUCAUGCCUCGUUACUGGUUUAUAUUAAGCUCGUGCUUGUUUUUAUAGAUUAAGCAGGUGUUUUUUAGUGUAGUAAAUAUUUUAGAUUUUUAAAAUAACUUCUGCAAUUAUUUAGCAGCUGGUGUAUUUGUUUCUAGAAUGGGUUGUUGAUAAUUACCACAUUUUUGUUAUGUUAUAAAUAAAAUAUAUGUGUAGUAUUUAUUUAUAUAUUUAUAUUAGUUUUUCCAAACUUUUUAAUCUAUAGAAACCAAUUUAGCAUUAAAUUUUAACCAAAUUUGAUGUAUACUCACAACAUUCCAAAAACAUGCAUGCUUAUAGAAAACAAUUUAGCAUUCGGGUUUAGCCAAAUUCACAACUUUUCUGUUACCAUUGCUGUUGAGUACAGAGAGUUUGAAGCUUGUAUCAGCAUUCCUAUUUGUGAUUUUUAUUAAAAGUAUUAAUUUUCCACCAGUAUUCACUGUAAAUUGUUUUUUUUUAUAUUAAAAUAAGUAUAUAUUGUUGUUAAUGUUAGUAUAUAUUAAAGUUGUAUAUUUUAUAUAAACAUGACAAAAAAUGUUUCAUUAUAUUUUAAAGUUUAACGUAUUGAUUCCGACAUCUUAUAUGAUGUGAACUGCAAGGGGGGACAACUCUGCUUGGUGGAAUGUGUUUACCCGGGUUUGGUUUUUUAUAAACAGAGCAAAAAAAAGUUUCAUUAUAUUUUAAUGCUUAACGUAUUGAUUCCGCGAUCCUAUAUUAAGUGAACCACAAGGGAAGACAACUCUGCUUGAGUGGAAUGUGUUCAACAGGGUUUGUUUUUAAUCAGCCUGAAUUAAAGAUACCUCCUGCUGUUUUGGGGAGUUGUGGCGGGGUGCAGUUUAAACAUGGCUAAAUCUAUUUGAUAAGGCCAGCUCAAUUUUUGUCAAGGUCGCUGAGAUGUAAAUAAAGUUAAGGCAAGUGUAGGUUAGGGUUAGGGUAAGCAUUGGGGCGAUGUCCAGAGUUAGGGCUAGGGUUGGGAUUAGAGGUAGCUCUGUUUAUAUCUCGUGACCUAUGACGAAACAAUGAGCUGGCCCUAUCAUCUAGCACUAACCCUUUGAAUAUAAUGUUUUGAUUAUGAAUUCUCUCGUGUUUAAUCUACGGUGUUUACGAAUUUAAAAUAACGCCUGAAUCAUGUUACUGUCCAUUACUGUGAGCAUCUAUGUGAACGAACGGGCAAGUCGGAAAAAGUCCAGCACGAUUAACAAGCAGAAUCUGACGCCGACAGUCAGUCGUGAACAUGGCUAGGCUUUGGGGCACAAUGUCUAUUGAACCAUUGGGCAUUUAAGGGUUAAUAUCUGACAGAAGUAUAUGUAUCAUAUUUUCCAUCUGAUGUCCUGAAGUAAAUGAACUUUUAUUAUAUCGUAUGGAUGUUAUGCGUAAAGAAUAUUUUAUAUAAUGGUUAUACUUUUGUAAAUUUUUAGAACUAUGUUUGAUUAAUAACACAUUACAUUGUAUAUAUGGUAUGACCAUAAUGGCCAUUGGCGCCCCUUUUAUGACUCCGUCCAAAUGUGAUAUAAGUGUUUUAUUUGAUUUUAUAUUUUUUAAUAUUGUGUUUUAGUGUUUUAUUAGAAUUUUUGGGAGUUUUUUGUUCGUGUGUGUUAAUGUCGAUAUUAUUAUUGUUUGCUUUAGUUUUAAAUAUAUCUAUAAUACCGCGCAUCGAAAUUUUGUAAGUAGUAAUAAUCAGUAUUAUGGAUUAUUGUAUUAAUACGCGUGUGGAUUCAACGCUUCGUAUGACAUGGAUUAACAUAAAUAAAUAGUCUGCAUAUAUUAUUCUGUAGUACAUAUAUUAUUAAAAUUAAAAUUAGUUAAGAUGUGGUUUUUUUUCGCUAAUUCAUCCAUAUAUUUAGAUAUUGCUUUGGGAUAGUUUCCUUUAAUACGUGUUUGAUAUACAAUAUAUACUUGUAUAUUUCGUUGACUUAUAAUCAUGAAUUUAAUUGUUUAUAUCUGUUAAAAUAUUAUUAUUUGUUUUAAUUUUGUAUACAUGUAUAAAAGAAAAUGGAUAUAUAUAUUCCAAUUAAAAACUUCUAUCCUGACAAGGGAAAUAAAUUAACACAUAAAUCCAGUUAAUCGUGUAUUCUAAGCUUUCUAGUCUGCCGGCCUCUUCAACGGAAACACGAACAACCAAGUGUAGCUGUUAACAAAUUUACAAGCCUCUGUAUGUUUCAAAGGAUCUUGGGUACUAGGGUCGCCUGUCCAACCUCGUGGGUUUUCUUCGGGUCCCCCGGUUUCCUCUCACUCACUACGCGCAAGCGAAUUAUUGAAAUAAAAUUAAACCAUAUUAAUUUAGUCCCGAAAUGACCUCGUUUGUGUCGAGUGGACGUUAACCCCCCCCCCCCCUAAUAUUAAAUAUAUUUCCGAUAUUACUAUUUAUUUUGUUAUAUUUGUAUACAUAAUUUAUCGCCUGGAAAAAUCUACGCAGAUAUGCGUAUGCCAGAAUUUUAAUAUUCACAUUUUUAUUCAAAAAUAAGUAAUGAUUGUGUCUUAUUUAUAAUUUGGAUCAAUGUAUAUUUUAAUUAUAUAAAUGUUAUGGGUUUUUUGUUUUUAUUUAUUUAUUUUUUUGGUUUUUUUUUGUUUGGGGGGGGGGGGGGGUCGUGGGAUGAUUCUUAGGUAUAAUUAUUAAUUAUUAACAUAUAUGAUUUUAUUAUGUCGAAAAAUAUUAAUUCUAUCCGUCAUACUUUAUGAUAAUUAAAAUAGUUUUCAAUUACCAUGGUUAAUUCGUUAAAACCAGUGAUUUAUGUUUUUCUUGUGUUUACCAUAAUUUUGUAAUCUGUAAUAUUUGUGGAUAUACAGAUAAUCUUCUAAUCUUCUUUUUUGAUUUCAACACAAGUCGAUAAUGUAAUUUAGAACGAGGCUUUGCUUUAAUUGUUAAAAAAAUUUCACGGUUCUGACCACUUUUUAUUUCUCUUUCAUGGCUGUUUUGUUUAAUAUUAAAUUAUAUAAUGUAGGUUUUGUAUAUUAUUUACGUCAUAGCAUAUGGAUAUCAUAGUUGUUUCCUUAGUAAGUAAAAUUAUGUCAUAGAUAAUAUAAAAAUACGAACAUUUUUAAAACUUAAUCGAUUGAAUGAUUUUUUACAAUUUUAAUUAAAUGGGAAUUAUAAUUAUUUAAUUUAUGACAAAAUAUUUAAUUUAAGACAAAUUAAUUAAUUUAUGACAAAUUAAUUAAUUUAUGACAAAUUAAUUAAUUUAUGACAAAUUAAUUAAUUUA